UUACAUUUUCCAAACAAUAAAUUUCACCUUCGGUCUUACCUUAAUAACAUACUUAUUGUGUAUAUUAUAAUUUGAAUAUAUUUUUUUGGGACGAAAAAAGUAUGAAGUUCUUGGGAUCGUGGGAAAGUUGGUUCACAUUAGUCCAUACGUGUACGAUGGAUGCUAAUGCGGGUGGGGAACAAACCAACUCCACGGAGCACACUCUUCUUCCCCUUUACUCACCCUCACCUAUUGCUUUUUUCACCCUACAACUACAACACAAGCUGUAAUACUGUUUUUUCUUCGCUUACAACCAGCUCAAAAGAUUUAUAUGUCUAAAAAAGGAAGGAAAGCCGCUUGAAUAUCACGAAUUUGGGUUUGGGGAAGUGCUGCAAAAGGCUUGUAGAUCGCCUCAACAAAAUCCGCCUUCCAAACAGUUGCAUUUUGCUCAGCUAUAGUCAACAGAUCCCUUCAUCAACAAGGUACUAAUAAUUAGAUAAAUUCUUUUCCAUCUAUAUCUGACGAAUUUUAGUGUGAACUUUUAAUUGUUUUAACUUGAUUAAGUUCAUUAAUCCACAACCCUUGGUAGAAAUGUGUAUAGCUAGUGUGAUCAGAAGCUAAAAAUGAUAAUAAAUUAAAAAAACCUCUUAACGGUUUCAGAAAGCUAGCAUUAACUAUAUAUAGUCUUUCUUUUCGACUGAAUUGAUCAGUCAUGAUGCAUCACAGUUUUAAAAUUUUUUUCCAAAGCAUUUUCCCUAUAUAUGAAGGUUUCUUUUUCUUUUUUUUUUUUUGGGGGUGCGAAUUAAUACGUAGUGUGAUGAUUGUAUGCAAAUUGUGUGUUUGCUCCAUUUAGGCAGCUGUUGAGAAAAAUAUUGACCAUGGAGAGCUGUAUUCAAAGUGCACUGGACGAUCUUCGUUCAAUAAGGCGGAAAUUCCCUGGGUAUAUUUUUUUCAUGAAUGAGUAUGAGGAAGCGGAGUUGAGUCUUAUGAAAACAUAUUAUGCGUUUGGAAGAAAGUGGGGCGAUGGCGUUCGAUCCGAAUCUACUUUUGGUACUCUGGAGGAGACUGUUUACGAAUAUUCUUUGGGAGUUCAUAUUUUUACUCUCACAUUGACGGAUGCUAAUGCUGAUCAGGUGGACUCCCAUGGGGAACCAAAUUCUCUCCUCGGCUUGGUUGAUAUCUAUCUUUGGGAGAUACGGAGUUCAUGUUUGCGAGAAAUGAAAGAAUUGCAGCAGAGUCUGAAAGAUGGCUCAUUGCAAAGUAAGUCUUCUUCUUGUCCCAUAGAAAUGGGGGAACUCCUGUGUGUGCUGGACUCCCUAAUUCACAGUCUGGGAUAUCUGCUCUCCGAGACUGGAGGUAGUACUAAAGCCCUAGUAAAGCACUUGGAGUUCUUGAAAAACUUGAUUCGCUUAGCCAUAUCAUGUCGAGGACUUGAAAAUAGGCAGACGAUGGUAGACAUGUCGACUCACGUUCAGCGCUUGGUUAUUGAUGUUGUGUGUUUAUAUUUGAAGUCUUUUACCCAACCUGCAAAAGAUGAAGUAGAACAAGUAAUAGAAAGAAUAAAACCUGUUGAGUACCAUGUUUACAGGAUUUAUGUUCAAAUCUUAGAGGAAGCUUCAAAAUCGCAGUCAUCCAAGCUUGCCAACAAUAAUCCAGGAAGUGAGUCAUUCUGGUUGGACAUGAUUGAUUCUCUCACCAUUCUUCUUUCAGAGGCACUAACCCGCGGUACUCGUUACACGGACAUGUUUGACCAUCAAAUCUGUACACUCUAUGAGGGACUCACAUUCUUGAGAACCACUUUGAAAGGGCACCCAGAUAGGUUUGCCGAGUUAUAUGAUGAGAAAAUGCAUAACAUUAUCGGAGUUUUGUUAUGUGAGGCAGGGCUCAUAGUUUGCUAUCUAUUUGUCAAAAUACAUGACAAUCGCUUGGUCAAACCGCUACAGAAUUUCUUUUUUCAGGUUGAGAGAAAAAUGAAGCUUAUCAGGGAGACAGAAGAAGAGGCAACAAGAUAUCCACUCAACCCUGCAUCCUGCUUUCCGCAAACCAACUUGUUGGGGUUUAUUGAUUCUGUCCUGGUAAAAAUGGAGUCACUCCUUUACGAGGCUGCCUCAGUGGUUGCUUCAGAAAAGAAUCAGUUUGUAACAAUCUGUAAGGAUCUGGCAUUUCUAAGAUCUUGGGUCGUCAAUUUCAUGGGGCAACACGAUCAAAAUGAGAAGGUUCAAGCUCUUUGGAGUAGCAUUGUUGCGGUAGCCUAUGAAACAGAAUUUGUCAUUGAUUCUCUUAUGGUUGGUGGCGCAAUUCAAAGCUUUGUUCGGACGCUUAAUACCAUCGUAGAAAAGAUAAACAUUAUCAAGACUGAGACAUCAGAAGUUUCUCCCAGUCUGGCACAGAUCACCAAAGUCCACAAUAAAACUCAAAAGAAUACGACAACAGCAAGUAAGAUGCCAGAACUCAAUGAGGCCGUGGUGGGUUUGGGUGAUGAGGCGCAAAAGAUGAUUGAUCGCCUCACGAGAGGGACGAAACAACUGAACAUCGUUUCUAUUGUUGGUAUGCCUGGGUUAGGCAAAACAACUUUAGCAAAGAAAGUUUAUCGUGAUCCCUCCAUCAUCAAUUACUUUCAUGUUAGGUCAUGGUGUACCAUUUCUCAAGUACAUGACAAAAAAAGUUCAUUACUUGAGAUUUUAAGCGGUCUUAACGAUGGCUUUGCUGACAACGAGUCGGAUAAGAGUGAAGACGAUUUGGCCAAUGCAAUUCGCAAACACUUGAAGGGAAAAUCAUAUCUUAUAAUAUUGGAUGAUAUUUGGGAUAUUGAAGUUUGGAAUAGUCUUAAAAUGUCAUUUCCUAACGAUAUAAAAGGAAGUAGAAUUCUCGUGACCAGCCGAAAUGAGAAUGUCACUUCACAAAUGAAACCACAGAGCCAAUCCCCCCAUAGUCUACGUUCGCUCUCCAAGAAGGAGAGUUGGGAAUUAUUCCAAAAGAAGAUACGUUUUGGAAAAGGUUGUCCUCCAGAACUACUUGCACGUGGGAAGGCAAUUGCGCAGCGUUGUAAGGGAUUGCCAUUGAUGAUUGUGAUUGUAGUUGGAUUCCUUCUUUCAAACAUGGAAACGAGUAGGUGGGAUGAAGUUGAAGGAAGUCUAAUGAAAAGCAACUCAUCUACUUUAGAGCAGUGUAAAGAGACUCUAGAAUUGAGCUAUCGUCAUUUACCAGAGCAUUUGAAACCGUGUUUUCUCUACUUUGGAGCAUAUAAAGAGGACCAACGUAUAAGGGUAGGGAAAUUGUUGAGGCUAUGGAUUGCAGAAGGAUUUGUGGAGAGAGCUGCGGCAGGAUGUGGGGAGGAUGUUGCCGAGAGUUACUUGACGGAAUUAAUAGAGAGAAAUUUGGUUAUGAUUGCUGGUAGAGGAUCCACAGGCAAGGUCAAAUCUUGUAUGCUCCAUGAUUUGUUACAUCAGUUUUGCAUGGAAAAAAGCAUUGGAGAUCACUUUCUGAAUCGGUUACAUGGUAGCAAACUUGGUAGUUUCACUGAGCCUAACAUGUCAUACCGGUUGCUAAUAAGCUACAAAAGAGAGGAGGAUUUUGCAGAGCCAAUGCAGGUUUUUCAUUAUCUACGCACUUUGUACAUUGUUAUUGAUUGUCAUGAAUUUGAUAAACGACGUUUGUACCAUAUCUUGUACAAGUUUUGCCGGUCCAAACUUGUAAGAGUUUUGGAGUUGAGGAGCAUCUGUCACUUUAGCUACUUUCCAAGUGUAAUUCUGCAACUUGGUCACUUGAGAUACUUGACCUUGAGAAUUGGAGCUGGGCCAACUUGCCCUGAAUUCAUCGUCCCACGGUUAAUUGUGAAUCUGUCAUCUUUGGAGGCACUUACUCUUUAUGCACCCUUUGGAAUGAGUAGAGUUUUGCUGCCAAAUACUUUCUGGAAAAUGAAAAAUUUAAGGGGUUUGAAUUCGGAAUCGUCACGUUGGGUAUUGCCAGCAGAUGAUGAUCCGGAAGAUCUCUCCAAUUUAGAGAACUUACAAAGUUUCUCCAAUGUGGAAUUAUCCAGUUGCCAAGCAACCAAGGAAGUUCUCCGCAGGUUUCCCAAUAUCCGCAGAUUGAAAUGCAAACUCGAACUGCGCAAGGGAGUCUCUGAGAUUGUAGCACUAGAUUUCUCAAGUCAACUUGACUCAUUGAGCAUCUCUGCUUGCAUUUUCCAGCGAAUCCGGGAUGAUCAUUACAAAUUUCCGCAGAACUUAAAGAAGCUAACCCUGGAGAGCCUUGGCCUUCCAUGGAAUAAAAUAUCAAUGAUGGAUAGACUACCCAAUCUUGAGGUUCUCAAAUUACUGGAGGAAUCAUUCAUCGGGGACCAUUGGGAGAUGGAAGAGGGGACCUUCCCCAACCUUAGAUUCCUGGAAUUGUCAGACUUGGAUGAUUUAGCCAGGUGGACGGGCUCGGAUGAUCAGUUUCCUUGUCUCAAGAAAUUAGUGUUGGAACGCUGCUUCAAAUUGAAGGAAUUACCUUCAUGUUUUGCCGAAAUUCCAACCCUUCAAAUGAUUAAGGUAAUCAACUGCAAGAAGAUUGCCACUGAUUCAAUACAAACAAUUGAAGAAAGACAGAAGGAUUUUGGAAAUGUGGAUCUGGAGAUCCGAAUACGCCAGGAUUCCAACCGGUUUUUAUGACAUAGAUGUAGUUGGCAAAUCAUAUCAGUUAUAUUAUAUUCAAUGGCAUUCCACAAAGAGCUGCAAUGAACUAAUUGUUAAAGAUUUGCAACUGCAAUGAUCUCUUCAUCAGAUUUUCUCUAUACAAAGAAACCUCGGGAAUCAUUAGGAGUGUUUCCAACACUCGGCCACGAAUCCCGUGGCGGAUGUUUAUAUGUCGCAAAAGUUGUUACCGAGACAAAGGUUCAAACAUUAGAAGAUACUCUAGCAUCAGUGGUUCCAUGUCAGUGAAUCACACUUCAGAAGUUGAAGACAAACUAAGAGGUACACAUAUCUACAUUUUCAGCCAAGAAAAAGAGCAGUGCAGAGAUCAUCAGUUUGUUAUUUUGCGCAGUAUGGUGGCAUGCCUUAUUUUCAGUUGAAUGUCUUCUCGGCUGGUGGUUUCAGUAAAUUACUCAAUACACAUUUAUUUCAUUUAUAAGUAUAUCCACCAUGACUUCCAUAAGUGUUUGUGCUUCUGAAAUCUGAGGCUGAGGAAGAACCGGAGAAAUAAAAAACAAUUGAAUGGCUUCCACGAACCUGUUUUUCAUUCUUUGAAUUAUGCGUAUCACCAUUCUUGUCAUUAAUUUCACUUGGACCAUUAAUAUUGUGCCGUUUCGGUGGUAAACCGUAUGCUUCUUGCAGAGUGGAAAUGCAUAGUUCUUAUUGGUUUCUAUGAUGACUUGAAAAGAUAAUAGUAGAUUGAUGACUAUACAAGUGGUGAAGCAGAACGGGAGAGCAUUAUGCUUGGGACAAAAUUUAAUUACUUUAAGAGAUAGACUUGAUCAUUUUCCUUUUCUUGGGUUUUUUUAAUAGGAUGUUCACAUUGUGCAUCUGGUUUUCAACAAGAUAAUUUUGUUUCCAUUGAAAAUUGAAGUUUAUAUGGUAAGAUACGUGACUAACUUACUUUAAUCUUCCGGUUGAAGAUUUUUUGGCGGCUUGGUUUUGGCAGGCUUCAUUAUUAUGAGGUAAAAUGACCAUUGCUGCAUUCUUUUCUAUAUUUCUGAUGUGUUCGGCACAGCUGAAUUUAUCAUUUUUAACUAUCACACACCAAACUAUGUAUCCGAGAUUGUCUUUGAAAACUUUGAAUUGUAAAUUUUACUGAUUUCUUUUGAAUAUUAUUAGGCUUCUGGUACAAAUUGGAGUACAGAUGGAGGUUGAUCUUGCUAUGGUAAUUCAUUUGGUUUCAGCUGUUAUGGAUGGCGAUUCACUUUUCAACUUUAUUACUGAAAUACAUAGCUUGCAUUUGACUAUAACCUGACAAUGUGACCGCUAGCCAGGUUUCUUUUUCUUACAAUUCGAAUCCAUUUUGUAGAAAUGAUUUUGAGACUUGUAACAACAAACCUUAGCGUUAACUUUUUUCUUUUCUUCGAGAGUAUUCCAUAUGGACAAACUUGGUCAACAUUCUAACAAUUCUAGAGGUUAGAACAUAUAGAUCAAAUCUAUGUGCUCUUUGGUUACAGUUUUAAUUGUGAAUCUAAACUGGCAUUGGAGUGUUCAUAGGUUACUGCGUACAUUUUAGGUUACAGUUUUUCCCUCCAUAUGAUUGGGGUGUGUUUUUGUUGUUCCUGAAAUACCUUCUUGUCCGCACAGUUCAUGCUAACAAAUAGCAUCCAUUCUUUUGUGGCAUUCUGAGAAUGUACUGACGUAGAUGACUUCAUUGAAAAAAGCAGUCACCUUCCAUGUAUUGAUGUAAAUGAAGGCUUUCGCUGAUUGUAAGAGUAGAUGUAACUGCUCAUACUCAUGGAGAAACUAAUAGGGUUGCUCUUAUUUCUUGAAUCCACGAGUUGAUGUACUCCUCAGCAUUGGCAUCCAGAAUGGGGAGCACGACAUGGGUAAUCACAUCAGAUACAAGCUUUUCGAUGGCUUUUCCAGAAAACGAUGCAAUGAACUACUCCUUUAAGGACUUGCAACUGAAAAACAUUGUUUCCUCCACAGAUCUUCCCUAUAAAAAGCACUGCUGCAAGCCUUUUGGCUUUAAGCAACUGGUUUAGUUCCUGGAUUGCCGCCAAUGCUUUUUAACUGUUUAUUUGAACUGAAUUCCUCAGGUAAUGCCUCUCAAUAAACCCUCUUCAUUGAUUUACUAUAUUGUGCUGGCCUUUACUAUAUUGUUCUGGCCUUUCAGAUUCUCCAUCACUUCUGCCGAAGUUGUUCCAUUCGUUGUGAACUGUGUUCCUGAAACGAAGGGACGAACAGUAGAAGAAAUUCAAGCAUCGAUGGAUCUAUUCAAAUGGAUUUCAUUUCCAUACUGGUGAAAAACAUAUUAAGUACAUACGUAUAAUAUUGUCAGCCAAGAAUAGGAGCGGCAGGGUUGAAGAUCUUAAGUUUGUUUCUUGUAGAAGAUCGGCUCUUCAGCUUUCAUUUGAAGAAUGGCUUCUGAGAUGGUGCAUCUUCCUAUUCAACAGCAUUCAACAUCUCUUAUACAGAGGUUCCACAGGGUUAAGCAUAUAGUGUCAUUUCUAAUUCCUAUGCACUGAGAAUUGAGAUUGAGGAAAAAUUGAGAGGAUUUUGUAAAUUUCUAUGAACAAAAUCCUCUGCUCUGCUCCAUUGAUUAGCCAUCUUCAUUUGAACAUGUGUUAUUAUGACAUAAUAAUAAAUCUACAUGUCUAAUGAACUCAUUUAGAUCAAUCUACACGUAAUGCGCAUGUGUUAUGACGAGUCCCUAUCUAUCACCAAUAUUGGACGGCCCAUCAACCGAGUAAAGGUCCAACCAACUCUGCUAGGGCGGUUUGACCAACACGAAACCUAAUAGGACUCGGUUAUCUCCCAGGUACUUCAUGCCUAUAAAUAGGGUUGAUCACA